GGUUUAGGUAAUCGCCUUCGCCGACUUAUCCAAGUGUCCAUGUGUAGGCGCUGUAGGCCACUGUGACGUGGAGGGUUCUCUUCGCAGAACACGGAAGUAAAGGUCGCAUUAUGACGUCACCGCUCCCGUUAAGUUUUGCAACCAGGCUCUUUUUUUUUCCUGUAUGAUCCACAUGCGAUGGUAUGAAAGUUGUACAACGCUAACUGUACAUGCAGGACUGACAUACUCUAGAAUGUAAUGCCACUGUAUAGGCCCUGUACAUUUUUACGAAAGGGGAUGUAUGCCCGAUCAGUCGGUAGUGUCGAAGCCUGGAGAGACCUCCGCAACUUUUCCUGAUGUGUGGCAGAGGGUAGACAUUUUUUUUUGGUUUACAUUAGCUACCUAGCUUCAUACUAUACAGUACUACUGAAACCUGUAUGUAGAUUUUACAGGACAGUUCUCAAGACGACCAUGGCUAACCGACUGUCAGACCUUUUCUCGAACAGCCGUCUCGUCAUUGGAUUAUUGGCCAAUUUGCUAUCAUCGAUAUGCAUCGUUUUCAUCAACAAAUGGAUCUAUGUUCACUAUGGCUUUCCAAACAUGACUCUAACUCUGAUUCAUUUCGUUGUGACAUGGCUUGGACUAUGGGUAUGCCAGAAGAUGGACAUAUUUGCGCCAAAGAGUCUCCAACCCACCAAAAUGAUCUGGCUCGCUCUAAGUUUCUGUGGCUUCGUGGCUUUCACCAAUCUGUCUUUACAAAACAACACCAUCGGUACCUACCAGCUGGCCAAAGCGAUGACAACUCCUGUGAUCAUUGUCAUACAGACAAUGUACUACAAGAAGACAUUCUCCACCAAGAUCAAGUUGACUUUGGUGCCCAUAACGUUAGGUGUGAUCCUCAACUCCUACUAUGAUGUGAGAUUCAACCUCCUGGGGAUGGUCUUUGCCACACUAGGAGUGUUCGUCACCUCCCUCUAUCAGGUGUGGGUAGGUGUGAAACAGCAUGAGCUCCAGGUUAACUCCAUGCAGCUACUCUACUACCAGGCCCCCAUGUCCUCUGCCUUCCUCCUCUCCCUCGUGCCCUUCUUCGAACCUCUCUCUGGGGAGGGGGGCAUCUUCGGACCCUGGUCUUUCCCAGCACUGGCCAUGGUGAUGCUAUCUGGCCUCAUAGCCUUCCUAGUCAACCUGUCAAUCUACUGGAUCAUAGGGAACACCUCUGCUGUCACCUACAACAUGUUUGGCCACUUCAAGUUCUGCAUCACCUUGUUGGGGGGCUAUGUUCUCUUCCAGGACCCCCUGUCUCUAAACCAGGGCCUGGGUAUCCUCUGUACACUCACUGGCAUCCUCUCUUACACCUACUUCAAGCUGGCAGAGCAGGAGGAGGGCAAAAGCAAGCUGGUCCAGAGGCCAUGAUAGGCCCACCGGAGUGCCAAUCCAUAGAGGCUGCUACUCUCAUUGGUUGCUCGACAACUCACUGGUUCCCUAGGACUGUUUGGCGGAAGGGCCAGGUUGGAAUCAUAGAACUAGAGGUUGGAAUCAUAGAACUAGAAUUCUAUAGUUGGAAUGUGAUUGUUGAGUGAAAGGGGAACUGGCCAAACAGUGAGAUAAAGGGAGAUAGUUCUGGCAGGGAACACUAAUGAUGAGGCUGAUAAUACACUGUUAAAGGAGUGGAAUGUAUACUGUAUUGGAAGAUGUGGGAGCUCAGCAAGCCUAGUAUUAACAUAGUUUUUGCAUUACUCAAGAUGCUGUCUCAUAUUCCAGUAUUUUUGCCGGUACGAUUAAAGAGAGGACAACUUGCUCUUAACAAUGUCCAAAUUAUGAAGAUACUUUUGCAUUAUUGAAUGAUUCUUAUUUUUUUUUCAUACUGUGAUCUUCAAUAAAUUGUAUUUUAUUGAUA